UCUCGGGCGCUCGCGCGGAGUCCAUGCAGUAGCCUUGUCAAGUGCUCACCGCUUCCUCCUGGCCCUGGUUGCUAUGGUGACAGCCCGUUCUGGCCGCAAUGGGACUAUUUCCGCUGUGAGCCCCGCCCAGACCCAACCCUCCCGACGUCCAGGAUUGGUCAGACGGCCUCCGGUCCCGCGUGGCCGUGGUUGCCAUGGUGAUUGCUGCAGCGAACCCAGCCCGACCAGGCCGCGUUGAACCCCAGUCCUCCGCAGCCACUGCGGAACUCUCUGGAAGGAUGAGGUCCUCCCUGACGCCUUUGGGGCCCCCUGUGAGCCGGGACCGCAUCAUCGCCAGCUUCCCUAAGUGGUACACGCCUGAUGCCUGCCUGCAGCUCAAGGAGCACUUCCAUGGGCAGGUCAAUGCCGCCUGCCAGCGCAGGAACACAGGGACUGUUGGGCUCAGCCUCUCCAAGGUGGUGGUUGUUGGUGACCUCUACGUGGGCAAGACCAGCCUCAUCCACAGGUUUUGCAAAAAUGUUUUUGACCAUGACUACAAGGCCACCAUCGGGGUGGACUUUGAAAUAGAGCGUUUUGAGAUUGCUGGGAUCCCCUACAGCCUUCAGAUCUGGGACACAGCAGGGCAAGAGAAGUUCAAGUGCAUCGCAUCUGCCUACUACCGGGGUGCCCAGGUGAUCAUCACAGCCUUUGACCUUACUGACGUGCAGACUCUGGAACAUACCAGGCAGUGGCUGGAGGACGCACUGAGAGAGAACGAGCCGGGUUCCUGCUUUGUAUUUCUCGUGGGAACCAAGAAGGACCUUCUGGUGAUCCGUGGUGGCCCCCAGGAAAACUCAAGGGCGGCGUGUGAGCAGGCAGAAGUGGAGGCCGUGCGCCUGGCCAACGAGAUGCAGGCCGAGUACUGGUCGGUGUCAGCUAAGACAGGGGAGAACGUGAAGGCCUUCUUCAGCCGCGUGGCCGCCCUGGCGUUCGAGCAGUCGGUGCUGCAAGACCUGGACAGGAGGAGCAGCUCGUGGCUCCAGGUCGGCGAUGGAGACCUCAUCCGAAUGGAGGGAAGUCCAUCCGAGACCCAAGAGAGCAAGACGCCCUCCAGCCUGGGUUGCUGUUAGCUGGGGCUGUGUCAGAGGCCUCCACACCCGACACAUACAUGGACAAUGCCUUCUGUGACUGUGGAGGGGUGACAUGGAGCCUGAACUCUGCGAUGUGUCUGUCUACCCAGCGCUCCAGUGUUCAGCCACUUCUCUUUAGCAGGUCGGGAGCCAGGAAAGGCCCUCACUGGCUGCCCAGGGACUCUACACUGCCCAACUUGUGGGCCACUGUGGUGAUAUCUGGAAGGCCAGUCUCACCUACAGAGUCACCAGUCUACCCUGGCCUUGAGAGGCCUCAGACUACAGACACACGGCCCACAUCUCUUGCCCUCAGCACAUGUCAGCAUCUGCCCGGGUGCUCUUCCUCAGCUCUCUGUAGUUGGCCUCCGAAUCCUUCUGAUCUCAGUGGUCCCGGUAAGCAGGACUUGCCAGAGUCAGCACAUGAGGAAUCCCUACCAGGGACUUUUAUGUUUGCAACAGGACUCGCAGCUCUGGGUCUCCCUGUCCACUGUCCCUCUGCCAGUCUUGCAGGGGCCCUGGGUAGCCUUGCCUCUCUGGAGGAUGAUGGAUGAGAAGGCCUCUCUGGCCACUUCUGGCUGAGGGUCCAUCUCUGGCUCCUCCUCGACCAGUGGGCGAGGUCCAGCAGAACAGGCCGCUCAUAGCCCUCUGGCCCCCCUGGACAAUCGAUUUCCCCAACCAAGCUGCAGGAAAGACUGCCCAGCUGCCCCUGGGGUAGCUCGCUGCUACAUCCCUUGAGCAUGGCACUGCCCUGCUCUACAACCGGUGGCAGUCACCUAGACUCUGCUGGGUAGUGCCUACUGUUGCCCCCACUACCCCUCUCCCCCACCUGCCUGCACCAGAAGGGACUGGGAAUGAGAAAGUACUGGGCACUUGCCUCUCAGGACCUUUGCGAUGGCAUCCACAUGUCUUUGGAGGACAUUGGAGGCCCUCCAGAGUCUAGCGUGCUCCUGUCUCCACCACCCCUCCUGCACACCCAGACAGGCAGGAACAGCCCAGGCCCCCAUCCCCAGCUCCUGCCCAGAGUGCCCCGCCCUCUCCAUGCCCUCCUGUUACUUCUCCAUGGGGGCUAUUAACUGCCCCCUACCACCCCACACUCCCACAGCCCUAGGUGUGAGCCACUCAUCCCUGCCCGCCUUGUGCCAUAGGCAGGCAGGCAUGUCUGGGCACAUCCCACCUGCUUCGCGCAGAUGCUCAGUGUUUUGCGGGCAGCAUUCUGGUCAGUGUUGCCCAGCACCCCGGACAGUGCCCGGCACACUACAGGUGCUCACAGCGACUGCCAAACAUCAGUGGGGGAAGAAUACUGGCAUCUUUUUCUGUUUACUCCCCUUUUGCCACAUUUUUAGCUCUCUUUUUUUACAGAUAUAAAAUACUUCUUUGUAAAAAUGA